CUGGAUCUAUCAGUACAAGGAUGUGGCGGAAGCUAUGACAUCACAACCCCUCCAUCCCCUGUGCCUGGGCCCGGCUUUGAGAAUUAAAACAUCUCAGCGCCCCCCUUGCCCAUUGGCAUUACCUCAAAACACAUGCAAGUCCCAAAGCGAGGACGCAUUAUAACGUAGAACAACUUUAUAGUUUCCAGAAUGGAAAGCGGAACACCUACCGCUGGGGAGCAGGCGCCGUUGGCGCCGUUGGCGCCUGCGAGAAGUUAUGAUAACCCCAUCGGCCCACAACUCCAACCUAUCCAGGCCGUCAGACCUGUCGACAGAACAUCAGAGGACCUACCAACAGAUAGUCAUGCCCUCGCAGCCGCUGAGCCGGAGGAAAAGGGGUACGCGCAAACCCACAGCGCAUCCUCCGUGCGCGAUCUGGGAUGGCACAACGACUCCGGCUCCAUUCCACGCCCUCUCAUCGCCGGACUCCCUAACGACGACCUCUGGGUGCUCCUGCGGCGUUUUAACAAACAAAUCCAACAUGUCAAAACAACCCCCACACCGCCCAUGGACGCCCUGGAUCUAAAUAUCUCCCCUAUCGAGGAAUUCUCUCCGGAUAAACUCCGCGCUACUAUAGAGCGCCUCUACAUGACCAUGAUCGUCGGCACCAUGACUGCCGUGAAACACAUCGCUCGUCUUCGGUCCUGGCGCGAGCGACCCCGCACGAUGGCGUUCCUCGCUGUCUACGGCGUGGCAUGGGUGUAUAACCUACUCGUGCCUACCAUUGCCGCUUUCAUGAUGGUCCUUAUCCUCGUGCCGAGCACAAGAGAGAUUGCUUUCCCGCCAGCGCCGUUAGCGUUGAUUGAUUCCUCAAGCGGGGGCGUUCAGAGUCCGGCUGCCGGGGUUCUGGGGAGUGAUGACUCCCUCACCGGCGCGCCUGAAAGUCACCCUGGAGAGGCAGUAGAACAGGAAGCCUCAAACUUCGUAACUGCUUUCUCAGCAAUUGUUAUUAGCAGCGCAGCAGGAAAAGGGAACCAACCCCCUCCCUCGUCCUCCUCUUCUGCCGAAGGGGAAGAAAGCACCCUCGACGCCGCAGUCCCCGACCCCACUGAAGCCCCCCUCAAAGCCGCGGAUGCACAGACGAAAGCCGCGGGAGGAAAACACGGUGGUAAGGGCGAUAAAACGAAAGAACCCAUGUCAGCAGCUAUGUGGGCGAAAGCGCGCCCCGUCAUGCGCGCCAUUUCUGACACCACGGAUACCUACGAACGGCUAGCAAACGCUUUAUCUCCCACCGCACCAUUCCCAUUACUCGCGCCGCGAAUAAGGCUCGCUGCGAUCCUCUCCCCGCUCCUGAUCGUGUCAUUGUUUACCAGCGCGCAUGCGGUUGUCAAGGGGACUUCGUUUGCGGUUGGGUUUGGGUUUUUUGGGGGGCCGAUUAUUGAGAGGGCGAUUGAGUGGUUGGAUGCUAAGAAUCCGGAUUGGCAGCGUAUGUUGAGGUUGAGGAAUUCGUUGUUGAAGGGUGUCCCGACGAAUGCGCAGUUGAUGAUUACGUUGCUCAGGGUGGGGGAGAAGCAUAAAGCGCCGUUACCGCCGCCGCCGGAGGGGCACGAGGAGCUACACGAUGUUCCGCAUGAGACGGCUGGGGAGGGCCUCGAGCAUUUAGAUGCUUCCCAAUCCGAGAUAGACGCCGCCGUCAACCCUUCACCAGAAAUGGGGAAAGAAAAGGCAUUGGCCAAAAAAGAAGAGAAAGAGAAACCCAAAAAGCGUGGCCGUCACUUUGUCGCCUUCCUCCGCAGCACCGUCCGCGGCGGCGUGGAGACUAUGAUAGGUGCUGAUAGACUUAAAGCCGCAGCCGGUGCACCGCACGCUAAGAAGCGCCUCGGUGUCGUACCAUCUUCGCCUCUCCCCCCUGCUGGACCGAGGAGUUUCCCGGCUAGGUAUAAGGGGUCGAGGGGGUGUGCUGUUCUUGACACGGACGGUAUGAAGCCGGUGUUGAGGUGGACGAAGGAGGGGGGGAGUAAGGAGUGGAGUGUUGAUGUGAGCGGGAUUAAGGAGGUGAAGAAGGUUGGGGGGUUGGGGUGGGGAGGGAAGAUGGUUGUGGGAUGGGCGACGGGGAGGGAGGUCGCGGAUGGGAUGGUGGUUGUGGGUAGCGAGGGGGAGUUUUUGUUGACGGCGGUGGGGAUGAGGGAUGAACUUUUUAAUAGGGUUGUGGCGGUGGGGGAUCAGAUGUGGGAGUCUUGGUAG